CCGCCGCCAUGGAGCCGCGCCGUCCCUGCCCGCUCCGCUCCGCCCGUCGGCCCGCGCUGCUCGGAGAGGCGGCCGCGGGGGGCGCCGUGUAAGGCGGCAGGGGAGGGGGGGCGGCCAUGGCCCCGCGGCGGGACUAGGAUGGCGCCGCGGCCCGGAGGCGCCCCCGUGGCGGGUCUGCUGCUGCUGCUGCUGCUGCCGCCGUGGGCGCCGGCUCUACCGGUGCCGGGAGCGCGGGGCUGCGCGGCGCCCUGCUUCUGCUUCGCCACGCCGGACACGCUGCAGUGCCGCCUGGGCCGCCUGCUGGAGCCGCCCGCCGACCUGCCGGCGUCGGUGCGCAACCUGUCCAUCGCCGGCGCCAACCUGACGGUGCUGCGGCCGGGCGCCUUCGCGGGCGGGUGGGCCGGGGGCGCGGCGGCGAGGCCCCUGGCCGCCCUGACGCUGCUGCUGCUGGCCCACGACGCCAUCGAGGCCCUGCAGGGCGCCGCCUUCGCCGGCCUGCCCGCCCUGGCCACGCUCGACCUGAGCCACAACCGCCUGCGCGCCGUGGCCCCCGACGCCUUCGCCGGCUGCGCCCGGCUGCGCACGCUGCGCCUGAACCAAGCCCUGGCGCCGGACGCGCGCGCGCUGGACCGCCUGCUGGGCGCCGCCCUGACGAACCUCAGCCUGGCCCGCCUGGAGGUGGCCGGCAACGCGCUGCGCCAGCUGCCCGCCCUGGCCGCGCUGCCGCCCUCGCUGCGCCUGCUGGACGCGCGCAACAACUCCCUGCAGGCCGUGGCGGCCGCGCAGCUGGAGGGCCCCGCCCGGCCGCGCCUCCUGCUGGCCGCCAACCCGCUGCGCUGCGACUGCGCCGCCCUGCGCCCCCUCCUGCGCUGGCUGCGCAACGCCACCCGCGAGCCGGCCCUGCGCUGCGCCGCGCCGCCCGCCCUGCAGGGUUGGCCGGUGGCGCGCCUCAAGGCCUCGCAGGUGGGCUGCCCCGAGGACCCCGCCGAGCUGGGCCUGGACGACGACGUGGGGCGUGCCCUCCGCCCGCCCGAGACGGCCUCCUACGUCUUCUUCGGCAUCGUGCUGGCGCUCAUCGGCCUCGUCUUCCUCAUGGUGCUCUACCUCAACCGCAAGGGCAUCAAGCGGUGGCUCAACAACCUGCGCGAGGCCUGCCGGGACCAGAUGGAGGGGUACCACUACCGCUACGAGCAGGACUGCGACCCCCGGCGGGCCGGCCCCGGAGACCUGUGAAGGCCGGCGGAGGCACGGCCAACUUUGCCAGCACCCCCCGGGGGGAGAGACGGUCUUAAGUGGAAGGUGGGGGCACCCCCCCCCCCAUAGAUGGCACCCGGCCCAAGGUGGCCUCCUACGUCUUCUUCGGCAUCGUGCUCAUCGGCUUCGUCUUCCUCACGGUGCUUUACCUCAACUGCAAGGGCAUCAAGCGCUGGCGGGCUGGCCCAGAGACCUGUGAAGCCCGGUGGAGUCAGAGCCAGCUUUGCCCGCACCCCCCCGGGGAAAAAGACAGGCUUAAGUGGAAGGUGGGGGCACCCACAGUGGAUAGCCCCCCGGCUCUGGCAUCCGGGACAACCUCCCCCCUAAUCCCACCCUGUUGAGGAGACGCCCACUCUGGAUUUGGGAAUUCUUGGAGGCUUCAGAAGGGACCACGGGAGGGUGUGAAAGCCAUAGAACCCGCCCUCCGAAGUAAUUGUUUUGGGCCCCCCGGGGGAUUGAUUGAUCUCUGUGAUCUGGGGAUUGGUUGUGAUUCCCGGAGCUCUCCAGGCCUCAGCUGGAGAUUGGGAACAGGGCCUGGCAUAGAGAGACUGCGGGGAAGGGGAGUCCCUCCUUUCCAGACUGGACCCGCAUCUUGAGUUUCACGGGGGAAUGCCAUCCCAGGGCAACAAAAACUUGGCCUUUGGGUCGGCUUGAAGAGCCUGCAUUUUCCAGCCCAAGGAGAAAGACUUGGGCGGGGGGGUGGGCUCCCCUCCAGCUUUGAGAAACCCAUUGGAAUAGCCAACCAACCUAGAGAUUCCAGUCUGCCAGGGGGCGGGGCGGGGGGGGGAAUUCACCAUCUGUUUUUCCAUAGGCAAAGGGACCCUAAGAUAAUUCUACUGCACAUCCCUGCCUUUAACAGAUAUCCUCUCCCCGUGUCCCCCGUCAGCUCAGUUGCUGGUGCUUAGGGUGAUAUUUUUAGAGGGGACUCCACCCCGCUACAAUCCUGCUUUGCCCACCAAGAGACCCCCCAAGCCCUCCUCUCUCCACGGUGCAUUGAUUGCCAGGAAAGCAGGAUUCGCUGCCCAUACUUCAUCUUGUGCAGGGGUGUCCAACUCUGGCACCCCAGAUAUUUAUUUAUUUUUAUUUAUUUAUAUAUUAGAUUUUAAACUGCCCAUCCUCGAAGGGAUGCGCCUUCAUGGAUUGGCCGUGCUGGCAGGGACUGAUGGGACUCAUAGUCCAGGAACAUCUGGGGCGCCAGGGAUGGACACCCCUGAUCUAGUGGGCCUGUCAUUUAAAUAUAAAAACGACCCCAUUUGCCUCUGCUCUCUUAGCAGAGACCGGGGGCAACUCCGUGGCGGCCCGUUUAACAGCAAGAGACGGAGAGGGGACAGAUGUAUCUGCCUUCCCAGUUUUUAGAAAAAACCCUCCCCAUAAUGUAUAAAACAGAGUUAUGUGGUUUCUGGCUCUGUCCAGACCCAUCCCGUGCUGACCCUUAAGUGCCAGAGGGAAGAAGAAGAAGAGUUUGGAUUUAUAUCCCCCCUUUCUCUCCUGCAGGAGACUCAAAGGGGCUGACAAUCUCCUUGCCCUUCCC